AUGGGUAACUUCACCUGGUACCACGGCCCUUCCUCGGCCUUCCCCCCUAUGUCCCAGUGGAAGUCGUUCGAGCAGAUCUUCAACGCCAACAAGCCUGAGAUGGGCAAGACUGGAGACACCGGUGAGGAUAUCGGCCGCAUUUGGAAUGCCGUGAAGGAGUGCGCCAAGAUCGGUGUUGAAGAGCGCGUGAUCUUUGCCAUCAUCAUGCAGGAGAGCACUGGCAACGUUGGAGUCCGUACCACGACCAACGCCGAUGGGCACUUCACUGCCGGGCUCAUGCAGUGUGAUGGUUCUCCCGGAUUCCCUGGCAAGCACGGCCUGACCCAGGAGCAAAUCACCUCCAUGGUCCGUGCCGGAACCAACCACUUCAAGGCCAACUUGAAGGAGUUCGGCGACCAUGAUAAUGCCGACACCAUCUACAAGGCGCUCCGUGCCUACAACUCUGGCUCUAUCAACCCAAACGACCUGAGUGACGGUCGUGGUGCCACUGCUGCCUAUGUCAGCGAUGUUGCCAACCGUCUCCUCGGGCGCGUCAACUAG